CCUCCUUUUUUUUCUUUUUUUUUCUUUUUUUUGUUUUGUUUCUGGUUUAUCGAUGUAGGAGUGUUGGGCUUUGGGCUCCGGAGAGACUUAAAGCACUGUGGCAGAAAAUAGCUAGCUUGGCAGUGUUUGCUCUGUUGUUGUUUUGCUUAGGAGGCUGAGAUCCUGCACUGUUUUGCAGCAGCAAAGCCGCACUGUUUGAGUUCGAGACAGCGCGUCGUACGUUCUCCCUGAGCAACACAAGGUGCCAAAGUCAACAGUGUUUUUGUUGGUCAAUUCUAAUCUCAGUGUGCAUUGUGAUAAGUCUCUAAAUUGCCAGCUCUGUUGGGGCUCUGAGCUCCGGCCAAACGUCUGUGCAUUAUGUGCUACAAUGCGGCUCUAUGUGGCGCUGCAAUUAAGGCAAUUUCUUUGCAUGUGUUGUGAUGCAGUGUUGCACACAUUGGAGCCCUGUUUUUAAAAGUGUUGUCCUCCAACAACAAAUUCUGUCUGAUUAAAGCCUGGCAGUGUGUGGUGUGUGUGUGUGUGUGCGUGCCUAUAGCCUUGAACUGGUGAACAAACCUGUGUGUGUGUGAGUGUGGACUCGCUGGGCUAAAGCAGUGCAGGCAGGGUCACAGAGGAGCCAUUGAUCAAACGUUCACAUCCACACACACGCGUGCGCACAUCCACACACACAGCAUCUCAGUACACAAUGAGCCCUGUCCAGAGCUCUGUCCUCCCCGCCCCCCUCUCUCUCGCCCUGCGCAGCUUGGUCCUGCUCCUGCUCUGCAUCACUCCACGCUGUCAGGCCGUCCAGGCGGAGAAUGUGACGGUGUUGGAGGGAGGUACUGCCCAAAUCUCCUGCCGCCUGCAAAACUACGACGGCUCCAUCGUGGUCAUCCAGAACCCCCGCCGGCAGACGCUUUUCUUCAAUGGGACACGAGCCCUGAAGGAUGACCGUUUCCAGAUGGUGCUGUUCACGCCCCGCCUGGUGCGCAUCACGCUGUCCAACGUCAGCGUGUCGGACGAGGGCGGCUACUUCUGCCAGCUCUACACGGACUCCACGCACCACCAGGUGGCGACGCUCUCCGUCUCCGUGCCGCCGGAGACGCCGACCGUGGAAGUGAAGCAGGACGCCGUGGAGGGCGGCGAGGUGGAGCUCACCUGCGUGUCGCCGCGCAGCAAGCCCGCCGCCACCCUGCGCUGGGUCCGAGGAGGCCGGGAGUUACCAGGUGUGGUGUCCCAGCAGGACAACGGGAAGACGUUCAGUGUGUCCAGCACCAUCCGGAUCCCUGUGGAAAGGAAAGACAACGGGGCGGCGCUGAGCUGUGAGGCGUCCCACCCGGCACUCGGGGGCCAGAAAAGGAUUCGCCACUAUCGCCUGGAUGUCUACUUUGCCCCGACAGUGAAAAUUGUUCCUCCCUCUGCUAUUUUGCGAGAAGGAGACUCGCUCAUCCUCACCUGCUCCGUCACUGGGAACCCUCUGCCCAGGAGCAUUCAGUGGUCCAGGAUCAAUGACACUUUACCUGAGAGGGCGGAGACUUCCGGCCCCACCCUCCAGAUAUCCCGUCUCAGCCAAUCGCACAACGGGACGUACCUGUGCCAGGCGCAGAACAACUACGGCCGUGCCGCCGACCACUACACCCUAUUGGUCUACGAUAAUGUGUCAGUCACUACCACGGCCCCUCCCCCUCUUACCACCACACCAGUCACCUCCCAUCCCGCCACCCCAACCCUCCCAAUAUUCAGCGUGGCCCCGGACGCCAAAGAUCCUGGUGCAGUGGUCGAGACCCACAGCGCAGUGCCAUACGCAGUGAUAGGGGGUGUUCUGGCGCUGCUGGUUUUCACCGUCAUCUGCGUCCUCAUCAUUACCAUCUGGUGCUCCGUCCGACAGAAAGGUUCCUAUCUUACCCAUGAGGCCAGUGGGUUGGACGAGCACGGCGAGGUGCAGGAGGCCUUCCUCAACGGGAACGACGCCAGCCAGGGCAAGAAGGAGUACCUACUGUAGCCCUUUUCCUCUCUUCUCCCCUUCUCUCCUGACCUCCUCCCUUUUACCCCUCCUCUCCUUGAUUCUUACACUCACACACACACACACACUCUCUCUCACAGACACACACACACACACAUGCACACACACAUACACCUACACACGCAACACGCCAUAACAGGCGGCCUUCUGAAAACGACUGUAUACAGAUACUGCACACAGCCAGUCCAUCCUGCUCCAUUCCACUCCACUCCAUAUUGUUCACACACACACACACACAAACACACACACUCAGAGACAGACUGAGAGAAAGAGAGCCUAUAGACCCACCAGCCAUUAACGACUGUGCCAUAUACUAUAGGUCGGAGAAACGAGGGAAAAUGGAGAGCAAGAGAGAGAGCGAGGGAGGCAGCAGGAGAGGGUGAGGUGAAUGCAGACGGAGACAAAAAAAAGAAAUGAUACCACAAUUAUUUUGAUCGAGAGGGAAGCGGAGAGCGCAAAGCGAGCCGGCACUCUGCCGUGUGCGGCCACCAAAAUGGAGAGGGAAUUAGAGGCAGAUGACUGCUGUAAUUCCAUGCCUGAAGAAAACCAUCCAUUUCGAAAAGAUCAAUCUCUAACUGGCAAAGAGGGAGCGCUGGGCGAGGAAGAGGGGGAGGCGGGCAUCGGAGGGGCAGGCAUUUGCUCUUGAGCGCUCAAUGCAAGAAAAUUGCAAUACUUAAAUUUGCCAAAGCAUCUUGCCCACGGAGCGCAACUCAUAUAUAAUUCCUCAACAACACUGCAGCAUGCGAGCCCAGAGUCUCUGGAAGUGUUCAUACUUCAUGAGCGGGCUCACUGUCCUCAGUAUUCGGGCUUGUCAUGCCCGUUGUUGGCUCGCCAAUAGUCAAUGACAAAAUCGGCUAUUAGUCCUUUUUUUUUUUUCUCUGUGCAAAAGUGCAGAAAAGUUGGAUCCCGUUUCCUUUAAUAGGCUCUCCAUCUCUUGUGUGCUCCUCCCUCUCCACUCACCUGUUCUCCGUCCUCUCCCUUUUUUCCCUUCUCUCACUCUUUCCCUCCGUCUGUCCCCCUCUAUCGCUCCUCCUUUGUUGGCUCCUCAUAAUAAAAGGAUUAGUGCUGGGCUGCCUUCCCGACAAAGAAGAAAGGAAUAUGACUUGCUAAGGCAUUAAAGAAAAGCUUAAUUAUUUUAGAAUGUCAUUAAGAGGAUAAAAAGGUUUAAAAGUCUUAAAAAGAAGGGAACGGGGAGUGAUAGCAAAAGGAGUGAAUGAGAAACUGAAAUGGAUGGAUUUUUUUUUUUUUCCUGAAUGCUACCAUACAUAUGCAGAUACAUACACGCAUCCAUACGUACAGUAAACACAUCGACACAAGUAUACAUAUCUCUGAAUUCCUUAUUUGUAUAAAAAAGAGAUCAGCAACAUAAAUUAAAUGAAACUUUUAAGAAAUAAGAAAACAGUUUACUAUUGAAACGCAUUAUGAAGCAACUAUACUAACACAGAAUAUUAGCCUAGAGGUGCAAAGCCGAACAAACUACUGUCCAGUGAUCUUUAAAGAAAAAAAUAGAAAAGAAUAAAAAAAAAUUCAUUUGUCUUUAUGAGAACCAGAGGUCUUAUUGUUUUUUUAUUAAUUAUUAUUAUUAUUUGAACAAUUAUUAUUGUUGUUACUGUUAUUAUUAUUGCCGUUGUUAUUAUUAUAAUUGUAAAUGUUAAAGAACUGUACACUUCCCAUGGUUUGUUUUUGGUUCUAUACUGUAGAGAAAUUGCUGUCUUUUUUCACUCUUUUCCUCUUACCUUUCCUCUCUCUCUCUCGCUCUCUCUCUCCCUGUCUUUCUCUCUCUUCGUCUCCUGUGCCUAGUCUCCUGUCUUUCGCUCCUGUUUAUUUUAGAGUCCAUGUGUCACUGUUGAUAUACAGUAUAGCUAACUAUUUCUUUAUAGGGGAAAGAUACAAAGCACGACAAAAUAAAAAAGAAUCCAAAAAUAA